CGGCGUCCGGGCAGGGCGUCGCUGGUCACCAGCUUCACCCCGUGCCUCGACUUCAUCACGAACGGCACCGCUUCCCUGACGGCCGACUGCUGCCGGUCCCUGGGGGCGCUGGUGAAAGCGAGCACCGGCUGCGCGUGCCUCAUCCUCACCGGGAACGUGCCGCUCGGCGUGCCCAUCAACCGGACGCUCGCCGUCACGCUGCCCAAGGCGUGCAACUCCAUGUCCGUCCCGCUGCAGUGCCGAGCGCCGGCAACGCCAGGGCCUGAAGCGCCGGCACCGCCAGCGGAGCCCACCGCGACGCCGCCGGUCAGCCAGGGGCAGACGAGGCCGAUGGUGGUGCCCAGCUCCGCCAGGACAGCGAGCUCUCACGUGCCCGCGACGGCCGCGUUCCUCCUGCUGCUGCUCGCGGCUGGGGCCGCGGUGGUGUGAUCGGCUGGUCGUUGCACUAGUCAGCUGAGCAACGCGACGAGUGGUGUGUUUUGUGCUUGUUUACAAGCAGAGUGAUUUGGGGCUCUGAAUUGGUAUUCUUUCAGUUAUAGUUUUAUACGUAGUGAAUAUGUUUCAUUGAAUUCAAUAGCGACUGUGGUCUUG